CGUCCCUAACAUCACAACAGCAACCCCUCUUGACCAUCUCUGUGAUUGUCUACUGAAAUUGCAAAGAACUGAAGGUGUGAUCACUGAAACCAUGCUGAAGUUAGUGCUUGUGCUUGGAUGCCUCCUGAGCCUCACUCUGGCUCAACCUAGAGACAUGGCUCACAAACGUGUUGCCCGCUCAAGUUCUGAGUCUAACUCAGCAUCAGGCUCCAACGAGCAAACUACUGGUACUAGUUCUGUUUCACAACUGCUUGAGCUGCUGAAACUCUUACUCUCUACCACAACAACUACAACUGCAGCCACUACUACUACUACUACUACAACUAAAGCUCCUGCCACCACUGCUGCUGCAACUACCAAGUAGAAUCUAAAACUAAAGCAGAGAUCAUCAUGAGCGAUGUGCAUGUUUGAGAUCUGUGCUCCCUUGUGAUAUCUGCUUAAUAAACUUCACAAUUUGAAAA